AUGAGUGUAUUCCACAACAUCCGCGGCCGCAACAAGGCUGUCGAUUCACUGGUCAUCGGGCCCACAGCCGGCGAAUAUGCGGCCCCCGAGGCCACGACCACCGGUGCUGACAUCGGCGUCCUCGGCGGCGACAACGAGAAGGCCGUCGUACCCCCGCAACAGGAGGCCAGCUCCAGCAGCGACGACUUGUCUCGACUGAGUCUCGAGGCCCGAAACGAGCUCGAGGUCCAGAAGCAUGGUGGCAUCGUCACCGAAAAAGCGCAGCUCGGUGUCCAAAAGGCCGAGGCCGCCGCUCUGGUGUGGACGCGCAAGGCCGUGCUGCUGACCUACGUCUGGAUCUGGGUCUGUUUCUUCAUGCUGGCCCUGCAGCAGUCGAUCCUCAGCAACGUCACCUACUACGCGUACAACGACUUCCAGCUGGCGCCGCAGCUGGGCACGGCCAGCAUCCUGGCGUCCGUCAUCGGCGGCGUCGUCAAGCUGCCCAUUGCCAAGGUGCUCAACGUCUGGGGCCGCGCCGAGGGCUUCCUGUUCUUUGUCUUCAUCUACCUGCUGGGCAUGAUUGUCCUUGCCUCGUGCAAGGGCCCCAACGGCUACGCGGCCGGCUACGUGUUGUAUUGGAUCGGCUACGACGCGCUGUACUUUAUCAUGGACGUCUUUGUGGCCGAUACCUCGGGCCUGCGCAACCGGGCGUUUGCUUUUGCGUUCGUGUCGACCCCCUUCAUCUGCACGGCCUUCACGGGCCCGCUGGCGGCGCAGGCUUUCAUUGACCACGCGUCGUGGCGCUGGGCCAUUGGCGCGUUUGUCAUUAUCAUGUUUUUUGUGUUCACGCCGCUCGCCGUCGUCUUCAAGUUCUUCCAGCGCAAGGCCGAGACGAUGGGCCUGUUUGUGCGUGCCAAGUCGGGCCGCACCUGGUGGCAGUCGACGCUGCACUACAUCCACGAGUUUGACAUUGUCGGCAUGCUGAUUCUGAUGGCGGCAUGGGUGCUGUUCCUGCUGCCUUUCAGUCUGCAGACCAACGGCCGCGCCGAGUACAAGUCGGCGUCCUUUAUUGCCAUGGUCGUCGUUGGCCUCCUGCUCUUCCCCGUCUUUUAUGUCUGGGAGCGCUACUUUGCGCGCGUGCAUUUCGUGCGCUACGAGCUGUUCAAGAAGCGGACCGUCGUCGGCGCCUGCAUGCUGGCCGCCGUCCUGUACUACAGCUUCUACGCCUGGGACUUGUACUACUACUAUUUUGUGCAGGUCGUCUACGAUCUGAGCAUCGCCCAGACCGGCUACAUGACGCAGAUCUACAACGUCGGCUCGUGCUUCUGGGGCGUCGUCUUUGGCGUGUUUGUGCGCCAGACCAAGCACUUCAAGUACGCCUGCCUCUGCUUUGGUCUCGUGCUGAUGUUCCUUGGCUCGGGUCUGAUGAUCCGCUUCCGCGGCCAGGACGCCAACAUUGGCCUCAUUGUCAUGUGCCAGAUCUUCAUUGCCUUUGGCGGCGGCACGCUCGUGAUCGGCCAGAGCAUGGCCGUCAUGGCGGCGGCCGACCGCGACGGCGUGCCCAUGAUGCUGGCGCUGCUGUACCUGUUCAACAGCUUUGGCGGCUCCGUUGGCUACGCCGUGGCGCAGGCCAUCUACGUCAACACCUUCCCAGACGCACUGCGCAGCCACCUGCCCGACGACCUCAAGAACCAGACCGAGACGAUUUUCAACGGCGGCUCGACGCUGCAGCUGACGUACCCAAUGGGCACGCCCGCGCGCGAGGCCAUCAACUUUGCCUGGGGCCAGAGCCAGCGCGUCAACUGCAUCUCGUCGACGGCCUUUUUGGUCCUGGCCAUCCCGGCCAUUCUGCUGUGGAAGAACUACAACGUCGACCGCCGGCAGAACAAGGGAACUCUGUUGUAA